AUGAAGAAACGUGGUAGAGGCUCUGCUGAGGAACUUAUAAGUGAAGAUGGAGAAGUUAAAGUAACAAAAUGGUAUGAUAAUAGACCACCGAUAAUGACGUCGAAUUUUGUGGGAAUUGGAAACAAAGAUGUGCAUAAAAGAGGGGAUAAAACUGAAAAAUAUGUUAAAAUCGACCGGCCAGAAGUUCAAGUUUACAAUCAACAUAUGGGAUGGAUAAACAAGAUGGAUUUUCUGAUCACAAUUUAUAGCAAAUUCAUCAGAUCGCGAAAGUGGACGCUUCGCAUGUUUGCUCAUGCAAUUGAUAUUGCAUGUGUAAAUGCACGGAUUGAGUACAAGAAAAACGCAUCAGAAUUAGGUGUUCCUAAAAAUUUCCUCCACCUCAGGGUAAGUGUGGCCAAAGUACUGAAACAAAUAGAUAAGCCAGCUGCCAGGAAGAGGGGGCACACCACUAGUGAGAGUCCAAUGCCAUCUCCAAGUACUUCAAAACGAGCCAAUGCCGAAGAUCGCCCAGAAAUUGAUGUUCGUUGGGACAACGUUGGGCAUCUUCCAGUGGUCAGUGACAAAAAAAAGUUGACAGGUGCAAGAAACGGGGUUGCAAAGGCAAAACCAAAUUUUAUUGUGUAA